AUGCUCACUCUCCUUACCGCUCUCCGUCACAGAUCUGCCAUGCGCACCGCCUUCAAGGGUCGCGACGAGACAUCCCUCCAGCCCAUCCUUCGCUGGGUUAUCAAGUACAUUGGUCACCCUCGUUACAUCAAGCUCACAAGCGAUGUCGCCAUGCUUCUCCUGGAUCUCUACUCAGAACAAACUAUGGACUCGCCAGAGAUUGACGACCUACUGAACCAGCUUCACCGCAAGGUCAGACACUGUUCAGAGUUGGCACAAGCUGCAUACUCGACUCAGGGCAUGCUUGACUUGCUCGUAUCUGGCGCAUGA